UAAACAUAACCUCCCUACAAUAAUGGCAAUAUCCACUACCCGUUUCAUGUUUUUUGCAAUGCUCAUUUGUUCAUUCGCCGCCAUCUUCGGCAACAAGAUGGUCUCGGGCCAGUGUUCGGGUGACAUGCAAGGACUCAUGGAGCAAUGUGCAAAGUAUGUACAAAAACCGGGUCCGAUGAUUCAACCAUCAAGUGCUUGUUGUAGUGUUGUCAAGAAUGUUGACUUGGCUUGUGUUUGUGGUCAUAUCACAACCGAGGUCGAAAGUAUUAUUAGCAUGGAGAAGGCAGCUUUCAUUGCUCAAGCAUGUGGUAAACCGCUCGCCCGUGGAACUCGAUGUGGAAGCUAUGUUGUACACGGAAACUAACUACAGGAUUGGCAUGCAUGAUGAAAGGCUUUGAAGGUUGCAAAAAAUGUGAACCUUUUGGCUUCUUUAUGUACCGAAUAAAUAUAUUAUUACAAUAAUAUAUGGGACAAUUCUGUUGUAUCAUGUAUUGAUCUUAUUUCAUAUGAAUU